AUGCCAUCCACCGACAUUGGCAUGCGUCUGCCACGCUACGAGGGUCACCUCAUCCUCAACAAUGCCGUCCUCUCCGAUGGUCCUCAGACCAGCAACGGUACCGCCUGGUCAGAGAGAUGGUGCAGCCUCGAAGAUGGAAAGCUGCUCGUCUACACCGACCGUACAGCUGCCAUGGUCAACCCUGAAGAGACAUGUGCGGUCAUCGACGUUCACAGCUUUGCCUGUGUUCAAGUAUUGAGUGCCAUGUCGGACUCCGGAUACGAGCUCGUUCUCAGCACGACUCUUCCAGAACCGGCCAGAUCCAGCCGCCUCUUUCGACCAAAAUCAGCUAUGAGCCUCAGUCGACUCCAAGCUGACUCUGUAUCGCGCCAGAAUUCUGUCGAGAUGGAGUCACGUUCAUCCAUGGCAUCCUUCAGCCGCGCCAGCAUGUCGUCACGUCCGCUUCACGUCAAUGAGCUUUCGACGCUCUCGGGCAACACCGACACUGCCGCUGAUGCUUCCAAAGCAGGCAAAUCGUGGUCAAACUUUGGCUUUCGCUCGCGUAGGCUAAACUCAAAACUCGCUUCGGCUUCGAAUGGCAGUCUCCGUGCUAGCCAAGCUUCGGCCUCUCGACCCGGUUCCACCACUUCUAGCUUCAUCUCCAACUCCGACCCAAGAGCCUCAACCGACGUCGCAUCCAGCCGUGCACCCUCGCCUCGCACUCCAAUUUCACCCACCUUUGGGUCUUCCUGCGAAAACGUUCUGAUCCGCGUCACUUCGGCCCAUUCCUUCACCAGCUGGUUCGACGCCUUGACCUUGACCAUAAAGAUGCACCGCGAGAUGAUCUCAGCUCCGUCGCCUGUACUCAAGCAACAGAGCCGCGCGUCGACUCGCCCAGCUCUCAGUAACCUUCCUGGCUUCCGCACUUCAACAACUUUGCAGACCAGUCCAGCCUUUCCCUCCGUGGAGCACAGCAUCCUCCCUUGCGCCCACGACACCACACCCAAGGCAUCUCGCAAACGACACUCUUCCUCUGCAAGCUUCUCCUUGGCUCUGGGAGCUUCAAGACACAUGCAGGACAUAAUCGAUGAUCGCUCUGAUUCCCAUGGAGAUGCCUCAAACAAAGCCGCUACCAGUGUCGCAUUCGCCGAACACAUCAGCUUCGGCCAGGCUCGCAACCGCCGUCCUAGCACUGCUGAUGCAUGGUCUACCAUCGCCCCGCCAGCUGGCGGAACGGCAGACGUUAGGCGUGUACGACAAGCACGCGCUCACAAACGUUCCAUCUCUACGGCUUCUUCGUCUCUCUCCUUCUCCGCUGCGAGUCGUCGUUCGGAUCAACGGUGCAACAGCGUAUCCGGCACUCAGCUGCUAUCGUCUGGAAGUACGAUGACUCAGCCCCUGGACACGAGUUUGGAAGAGGACUCUUUGGCCCCGAACUCCCCUUGUGCACCCGCUUCUAGUUCCAACGUUAUCACAGGCGACACGUCGGUGCGACAGCAAGACGCCGCAAAGCCGACGUCUAAUGGCACUACGUCAGGUUCCAGACACCGUCGUUCCGGUUCCUUGAUGACAUUCGGCUCGGCCCGCAUCUUGGCUUGGAGGGAUGCCUUCACCGCAGCCGAAACGACAACGGGCUUGGGACUGCAAGUCGACCAAGGCGACGGAAGCUUCCAGGAUCCAGCAGACUGUAGUCGCGACACAAAGGUUCACGGCAAGCCUAUCAAGACGUUCUCUGGGUUCAAGUCGCUGCGGUCGUUGGUCAAGGGCAAGGCCACCGCCAAAGAGGCAAACGUUGGUGCAAGCACCCAUCGAGAUGGGAGUGUCGGCUUAGCAUCGCCAUCAGAGCCACGAGGCAGCGAGGAGGUCUUACGGCGCUCUGCGGCUCAAUCAAAUAGCAGAGUUGUGUCCAGUUCGACGUCGCUGCUCAGUAUCACCAAGCAUACGUUGGCCUCCUUGCGCGAGAGGUCGUCGUCGACUCGUCCAAGUGUCAGAACGGUCUUUGCAGCCGCAUCGGCAGAGGAAGCCGAGACUGCGGAUAUUUUGCAGGGUGUCUGCAAGCAGAUUCACACUGCGGAGUGCGAUUUCAGCUACGAGCUUGUGGCGCCUUCGGAAGAGGCAGAUAUUUUGCAAGGGUCUUUGCCCAGCUCGGCGGAGCAAGUCAGCGAGGCGAGCGAAAUACCGCACCUCAGUGGCACAGCUUCGACAACAGACAAGGAGAGCGACGUGGGCGUGGACAUCAGUAUUGCUGAAAAGCUUGCUCAAGUCAGACUUCAACGGUCUUUUGCCCGAGAUGGUGACGACGAUACCUCGUCCCCAUUUGUGUUUCCGGAGCGCAUUUUGCCGCCGAAGCAGAUCAUCGACACAUUCGACAAGCUGCGUGCCGCCGAUCCGACGGGACGCAGCUGUGACUGGUUGACUCAGCUCGAGUCUGCGAACGCGCAUCGGAGUAGCUGGGAUUGGGCUACAGCAUCAGCAUCAGCAGGCCAAGUGGCGACAACUGCGACGCGCAGACCGUCGCUGCGAACGGCUGCGUCUCAGAUUCUUUGCUCGAGUGGUGGUGGUCCGGUGGAUUGGCUAGCUGCGCCGCGGCUGCGCAGUGCGGCGUCUGCGUGGGAUCUGCCGAGCCACGAGGCGGCGCGGGGUGCACCGGGUGCGGAAUCGGUGGAUCGGAAGGCGGACGCGCGGGUGGUGCAGGCAACGAGGUCAUUGCCUGCUCCACCGAGGGCGGUGAAGCGGCGUGCACGGGCUAGUGCGUCCCAGCCGUCGAGGGAAGUGAGGACGGCGGGACUGUCCGUGGACGAUACCUCGCCUGUGACCAGCGAGACGGCGACGAUGACGACGACGACGACAGGGGGCAGGGCGUUUGCGGAUAUCACCAACAUCAGCGGAAACAGCACCGGCAAUAGGGCAGGUAAAGCGGAUCCGAGCGCGGGGGAGCUGUCGGAUUUCAUACCCGGGUUGAUGCUUGCUCCGAGAUCGCCUGCUCGACGACUGGGUGCGAAGCGGAGGCUGUCUGGCGCGGCAGCCUCGCCAGCCGCAGCACCGAGGGUUGUCGUGUGA